AAAGAAGUCCCACACUGCCGGCGCUGUGCUGCUGUGUGGCUGGUGGAACAGAAGCUGGAGAAGAUGGCAGACGGGGUAGUGGAUGGGGAGAAACUGAGUAAAAAGACACGUUCAGCAUGUUGACCCUGGUCAGAGCAGCCCGGCGGCAGGUGUGCCAGGCCGCUGGCUUGCGGGCUCAGCUAACCGCGCCGUUGCUUAUUCAAGGAUGUCGUUGGAAAGGUGGCAAAAGUGAGCUGAAGAGGCGGAUGAAAGCAGAGAAGAAAGCUGCUGAGAAGGAUGCCAAAGUUAAAGACCAGGUCCCGCAGAACAAGGACACCAAUGAUAAGGCUCAGCAGAACGCGUACGGGGCUGACGAGGAGACUCUGGACCCCAACCAAUACUUUAAGAUCCGCACGCAGGCCAUUCAGGCUCUGAAGGGCACAGCAGAAGACCCCUAUCCACACAAGUUCAAUGUGGACUUGUCACUUAGUGAAUUCAUUGAGAAAUAUAAUCACCUGGAAGCAGGAGAACAGCUGACUGAUGUUGUUCUCAAUGUGGCAGGUCGUGUCCAUGCCAAGAGAGCCUCAGGAGCCAAAUUGCUCUUCUAUGACUUGCGAGGGGAAGGAGUUAAGUUGCAGGUCAUGGCGAACUCCAGGAAUUACAAAUCCGAGGAAGAUUUUGUUCACAUCAACAAUAAGUUACGACGUGGUGACAUUAUCGGUGUCCGCGGGAACCCUGGGAAGACCAAGAAAGGAGAACUGAGCAUCGUCCCCAUUGAGAUGACCCUGCUGUCACCCUGUCUGCACAUGCUUCCCCACCUCCACUUCGGCCUCAAAGACAAGGAAACCCGGUUCCGUCAGCGAUACCUGGACUUGAUUCUCAACGAUUUUGUGAGACAGAAGUUUGUGACCCGUUCUAAGAUCAUCACUUACCUGCGCAGCUUCUUGGAUCAGCUUGGUUUCCUCGAGAUUGAGACUCCAAUGAUGAACCUGAUUCCUGGAGGAGCCGUGGCUAAGCCUUUUGUCACCUACCACAAUGAUCUGGAUAUGAACCUGUACAUGAGGAUCGCCCCUGAGCUUUACCAUAAGAUGCUGGUGGUGGGUGGUAUUGACCGUGUGUACGAGGUUGGCCGCCAGUUCCGAAAUGAGGGCAUUGACCUCACCCACAACCCAGAAUUCACCACCUGUGAAUUUUACAUGGCCUACGCUGACUAUUACGAUCUGAUAGAGAUCACCGAGAAGCUUCUCUCAGGGAUGGUGAAGCAUAUCACAGGGAGUUACAAGGUUACGUAUCAUCCUGAUGGGCCUGAGGGACAGGCCUAUGAAAUUGACUUUACUCCGCCUUUCAAAAGGAUAAGCAUGACCCAUGACCUGGAAAGAGAGAUGGGAGUGAAGUUUCCACCUCCUGAAACCUACGACUCUGAUGAAACUCGCAAAUUCUUCGAUGACCUGUGUGCCCAGAAAGGAGUGGAAUGUCCACCUCCCAGAACAACGGCUCGUCUGCUAGAUAAGCUGGUAGGAGACUUUCUGGAGGUGACCUGCAUCAACCCAACAUUCAUCUGUGAUCAUCCUCAGAUCAUGAGUCCUCUGGCCAAAUGGCACAGAUCACAGAAAGGGCUCACUGAGCGCUUUGAGCUCUUCGUCAUGAAGAAGGAGAUCUGCAACGCCUACACAGAGUUAAACGACCCAGUCAGGCAGCGAGAGCUGUUCGAACAGCAGGCUAAGGCCAAAGCAGAAGGUGAUGAUGAGGCUAUGUUUAUAGAUGAGACGUUCUGCAAUGCGUUAGAAUACGGCCUUCCACCCACUGCAGGCUGGGGCAUGGGCAUCGACCGCCUCACCAUGUUCCUCACUGACUCCAACAACAUCAAGGAGGUGCUUCUCUUCCCAGCUAUGAAGCCUGACGACAAUAAGCCUGCUCCUCCAGCAGAGGGCACUUCAGUUUAACACUGUGACCACUGACUCAGCCUGCUCAGAAAUCAGUGAUGAUCAUAGUGAUGACACAUGGUGAUAAUUCGUCCACACUGGGGUUCUUGCCUCCUGCUGAACUGUCUAGUUUACUGGUUGGAUUGUGGGUUAUAUCUGCAAUGUAAAGGCUUUUCUCAUGCAGUAAAGGGAAUGAUGUUGGCGUAAUUUUUUUUAUCUUCAUGCAUAAAGUUUGGCAGGAUCGGUGAGCCCUCUUUUUUACUGUUGCUUUUGCCCGUUGUUUUUUCCUAACAUCCAUUUGUGGCGAGAUGCAAUCAGGCAUUCGGAUUCCGCCAUAUUUCUGGUGUUCUACUGGUUUUAAUACCUACUGUCCACUGUAUUUUUUAAUAACCCUCAACAUGGUCACAGAAAUAAAGAAAAUAAAUAAAGAAAUCAGUCUAAA